AAUAAACCAGGCUUGAUGACGUAUGCAGCCUGUAAAUGCGCCCUCUCACGAGCAUGCAGCCUUCGGAUUGAGAAACGGCCAAUAUCUAUGGUUGUAACCUGCAGCACGAGCAAUGCGGAAGCUUCACAUCCCGCACAAAAACAUUGUUUUGCGUUCGGAUGCAAAAGCUCACCAGACAAACAGGCCAGUCAGGGUGAUGGAGAGGUGUGGUACGCCCAUCCGGUUUACGCCCGAUACUGGCAGCACUACCAGCAGGCCAUGGGCUGGCACCAGAGGCAUAAGCGGGCGUACAGAAAAGCUUUGGAGGUUGGCUACUCUCAGGCACUGUAUGCUGCUGUCCAGCGAUACUCAGAUUGGCAUGCAGACGAGAGCUGGAGAAACGUUCAUAGAGACAGAACGACACAUAGAGAAGAAGAAAGGGAGAAUGAGGCCAUUGAUUCAGACAGUGAGAUGGAGGAGGAGAGUUCGGAUGAGAGCCAGAUCGAGUGUGACGUCAGUAACAUGGACAUCUCCGAAGAGCUGCGACAAUACUUUGCCCAGACAGAGCGACACAAGCAGGAACUCAAGAAACAACAGCAGAUGGAGGCAGAGCAGCAUGACUUGUAUGUUCUAGCUGACCAAGACUUGCACAGAGUUUCCUGGCGCAGCAGCCUGCCUCCUUCAGAGCGUCCGGGAGAAAGGAGGACUGCAGAGAUGAAGAAGCUGUAUGGUAAAGAUGCAGCAAAGAUUCAGGGGAUGGAAGCAGCCAUGCAGCUCACUUUUGACCGCAACUGUGAAAAACAGCCCAAGUACUGGCCUGUUAUACCACUUAAUCUGUAGGACGAUCAGACCCCAUCAUUAGUAUGCCUGGCACAACAGUGCUAACAGAACUGAAGUGAUGCAUCAAAUCAGCAUCUGUGAGGACCUUUUGCAUAUAUAGAACAAACACUUAUGUCCUUAUAGACAGCUAAGGCAUUAAGAGAGUACUUUUUAUAAAUGUUCAGUUCAGUAUGAUCAGUAAAAACUUUGAAAUUUUGAGUUAGAGUUCUGUAAUUCCCAACUUACACUCUAUUUCUUUUGCGACAUCUGUAUGUAAUGGCAUCCACAUAGUUCUAUCUUUUUAAAGUUUCUCAUAUCCUGUAAAUGAUGGAAGCGCUACCUAGAUUUUGGUGUCGUUCUUUUCAUGUAGUCAUUUCUCCCUAACUAGGUCAUUGCCUCCCCCACAGUGUUUGGUUAAUGUGUUUUGUCAGUCUCUUCUUUUUACAUCUCACAUGAGCAAAUGAGACAGUGUUUGCCAGCUUAUUUUCUGGUGCGGUUUUUACAUUGAAAUUUCUCAUUUUUUUAAUUCAAAAGAAGUCAUUGUUUGAUUAAUGUGGUUUGAUUAAUAAAUCUAAUGCAUUGCAAUGUGUGUGGGUGUGGCAGUUGGUAUAGUUCUUACUAUGCUUUAGAGAUGAUAAUCUUAUCUGAUUGAAGUUUUUCAAUGAGAAAAAAAAUAGAUAUAUUUGCCCAUAUAUUCUUAUUUUUAACAUACCUCUCUGGAGAUACAAUUAAAAAGAUCACUGUUUUA